GUAACAUUUUUUACUGCCAUCGAAACUAAACUAUUCUGUAAUCUUUUUAUAUUACUCAUAUAAACUUAAAAACUUUUCCCUUCUGAAUGAGGUUGCCAUCGAAACCGCACUAGCUCUCUCCUUCAUAAUUCAAUAAAAUUUCUUCGUGCCACAGACAAUUUGACUUCAUUGGUACUGGGAAGACCGAUUGGUUGGGGAGGGGAGACGGUUAACUUCAUUACGAAGGGAUUAGGAGGGGUGGAUUCAUUUAUCUGUUUUCCUUGUCAAGUAGCCUGGAAUUAAAUUCAAUUGCAAGAAGCGCAGACAGGAUAAAAUGUGGCAGUUGAUCAUCUGUGGGGUACUAAUUUAUAAAUUUGUGAGAUUCCUCAUAUCGGAAGAAGAAUCUGGACAAGAGUUGAAAUUCAUGGUGGGCAGCAGGCUGGAGAAACUGUAUGGCGGGAGAGUGUUUUAUGCGUUGAGAAUUCCAGAUGAAGGAAGUGGGACUCGUCAGAGCAUUGAUAUCGUUCUGCUCACAAAGAGAGAACUAUCAGUCAUUGCCAUUAGGAACUUUGCAGGAAUCUUAGAUGCAGCAUCUGAUGGCAGUUGGAGUCUGAGAAAUUCAAAGGGCCAAUUUGAAAAAAUUCCUAAUCUUGUGGAGGAAACAAGGAUCCAAGCUGCUAUUCUCGAAUCUUAUCUUGAAAGAAGAGGAGUUAUCCUACCCGCAGGGUAUUUGAGUUGUAAAGUCAUUCUUGCUAAUUCUGAUUGCAGGGCAUUGCCAUCGGUUACUUUGCAUCAAGAAGUGUUAUCCUAUGAUAAAUGGAUGCAACUAAAGGAAGAGUCAAGAGGUGGUUUUCGUGAAUGGUUAAGACAUAUGUUUUCCAGAGUAGAGCGUGAUGUUUCAGACAAGAUUGAUAAAAAGCUCCGUUUUAUUCUCAGUACUUCUCCAGCAUGGGACAGAUUGGAGCUUAAAGGUAGUCAACAAAUUUAUGGAGAAUUUCUGGGGUUCAAAGGGAAGAAGGAGGAUGUGGAUGCCCUCAAAGUUGUAAAGAGGUCAAAGGUGGCCAAGAUAGUCAAAUAUAAGCCAAUUAUGUUUGAUCUUUUGAGCGGGGGUUCAACUGUUCACCUUUUUUGUAUACCUCGUGAUUACCGGAAUGAAGGUACUUCUGAAGUAGAAAGAACAGAGGUAAGUGUAAGAGCAGGUACAGAAGUGGUCUUUCAACCGAUGGAUGCAAAAAAGGCUCAACAAUUCAAGGUUAAGAAAAUUGCAUGCUUAUCAUUGAGCCCAUGAACCACUUUUUGGUGCCCUUAUAUUUGAUAAGGACUUUCAAUUCUAUUUUUCCUUAGACAGCGAGAUGUGAAGAAAUAACAGCAGGAGGUCUGGGGGGAUGUUGUUUAUGUAGAUAAUAUUUGCCAGCACAGGAAAGAUGAUAUUUAAACUAUGCUUACAUUAUACUACAGCCCUGAAGAGGUUGGUCUAGUGGCAAAGCCCAUCGGGCUUAAUAUACAAGAUUUCUGGUUUUAAGGCCAUGGAGUUGUUCUCCACGGAAGCAAUAAAGGAACACAUUUCUUGGGGAAAGAUUUUCAAUUCAUGAGCCAUAGUGAAACAUGUUCAAAAUUUAGAAUCCAGAAGUUAGUAUGUCAUUAACAUUUGGCAACCACACCAGAAGAAUUUUCCUAAUAUACUAUUUCAUGUCCAGUGGGUAUGUUUAAAACUGCAAGGAAGGAAAAAAAGUUCCAUAUUCCUGAGAUUUUUAAUAGAAAUUUACUGCAUGUUUAUAAUAUAUAUAUAUAUACAACUCCAAGUGCUGAAAAUUUGAAGUCGAAACUUGUAGUUAUCAUGUUUAUUUGGAUAA